UAAUUAGAAACCAGUGAGCAGAGCGGAUGUAGGUUCACGGCGCAAGGCGUGCGGACACUUUGCUGCGAGAAUUUAGCUCAGAAAGCCACUUCUGCAGGUACUGGAGUCAAUCUCCUUUCUUUGUCGUAUCUGUAGCAUGUUUAUGCCCGCAGAAACUCCUCAGCAACCUUUUCAAAAGUGACCUGAGGUAAUAUCUGAUCACCCCAAUCAUGUUCUCCAAGAGCAACCUCUUUUGUUUGGGAGCCUUACUCGUCCUGGUUGCGGUGACCUACCAGUACCGCUCUGAAAUUGGUCAACUCAUUCAGCGAAGCCCGUCGACCCCGAGUAAACAGCCCCGUCGGCCCACUACCUCCAUGCCCGGGGAGACGAAACUACCCACCUCCUUCUACAACCCGCCAUUUGACCCCGACAACCCUCCCGAAGAGCUACGAUCCCCGUCUGGGAGACGACUGUUUACAAAAAAUGAGCUGGCAGCUCACGGACCAAACGGCCCAUUGAAACCAAUACUUCUGGCAGUUAUGGGUCUAGUGUAUGAUGUUGAUAAAGCUCCCGAGAAUUAUGGACCUGAGGGAGGCUACAAGUUCUUUGCCGGGAAGGAUGGCAGUAGGGCGUAUGUGACGGGAGAGUUUAACGGAGAGGGGCUCACCGAUGAUCUGGAGGGACUGUCCCCACUGGAGAUUGGAGAGAUUGAGGGUUGGACCCAGUUUUAUGAGAAGCAGUACACCUUCGUUGGGAAGUUGAUUGGAAGGUACUACAAUGAGGAUGGCAGUAAGACUAAAGAGUGGCACGAGGUCCAGGCUCUCCUGAGUCAAAAGGAGGCCCUGGAGGCAGAGAGACGGGAGCUGGAGAAGAGGUUCCCUGGCUGCAACUCUCGCUGGAACAAGAAAGAGGGCGGCUACGUGUUUUGCUCUGAAAAGAGUGGUGGAGUUCACCGAGAUUGGGUGGGGUUUCCCCGUCGUUACUUUGCCCCUGGGUCCAGCAGUUGGCGGUGCUGUUGUGUCCAUGAGAGAGACCUGGACAACCCUCACGUGAAGCUCUACCCGGACUGCGACCCCAGUGCCACCGGCUGCAAGACGGACCCUGAGAAACUCAGGAAACUGAAAUCCUAGUGCCAUUGUUUUUUAGCUUUCUUUUUAGUUUCUCGAUUGCUGGCUACCAUGAUGAUGUUAUACAUUAUUGAGCAUCUGACUGUGAC